ACCACCUCACAACAAACAUACAAAUGCUAGUUCCUGGGUCCUUCGGCAGUCAUUCGUGUUUUCUUCGAGUACGUGGUUCGGCUCUCAACUAUCCUCAUCAUGAACAGGUUGUAUAUGAUGGCUGUUUUACUCCUUGGUCUAAUUGUGUUAGACGAGACACUUGGAGCACACCACAAAUCAAGCAAGGAAAGCAAAAAACAAAAGAAAAUAGAGGGAGAACCACGUGAAGCCAAGAAGAAGUACUCGGACGCUGCCGUAAAGCAACACAAGAGAAAAGCACGAGAAGCACCUGUUGAGAUUGAAGAAAACGAAGAGGAGAUUGAGGUUAAGGAGUUGUACAAGAGUAGGAAAGAAUCUAAAAAUGAGGAAGCACGAGCAGGGAAGUAUAAUAAAAAGGACAAGGCAAAGCAAAAACAGGGAGAGCAAUACGUUACCAAGGAGAAGAGGAAGCCAAAGGAACAGGAGGGCAAGGCAUACAAGAAAACGAAGUCGGAAGAGAGGAAGCCACUAAAGAGACAAAUUGUGGAACAGGAUGUUGAGACCGAAAUUGUAGAAAAUAAUGACGAAGACACUGAAGGUGAAGAGAUUUUGACAGAUUCCCCACAAACUCUUGUGGAAGAGAAUGAACUAGAAGUGGUAACGGUGCCAAACAAAUCUUGUAAAAUCAAACAAACCGUCGAAGACGACGUACAAGAAGAGGAGCCCGACGUAUUGGAGGACGAAGAGCCGAGUAAUAUUGAGUACGUCCCUGCCAAGAAGUGUUACUACAAGUAACAUUUGAAUUGUUCUGCUCUACAAGUAGCAAAUGUAUUUAUGGUAACUAGUUUUAUUGAAUUGCGUUGAAUUGUUUGAAUAGAUUUUCACUUGUUAUAACUGUAACGGCACACUGUUGAGU